GUUCAGGAAAAAGCGCGAAGAAGCGGCGGCUGCGAACAUGGCGGCUGCCACACAGGAGGAUUCUGCGGACGUGGAUGUUGGCCUGCAGCCAGCUCACAGGCCUUCCGAAGAAGAAGAGGAGCGACUACGAGCAAAAGCAUUGAUGCCAAAGAAGCACAAGCGAUUGCUGCAGAGGAUUGAGGCAGCUGAAGCCAAGCGUGAAGCUGCAAACAAGAGGCUAAAGAGGAAGGCUGAAGCCGCAAGCUCUUGA